AUGGAGGAGAUGCCGGCAGAGGAGAAUGCAGAAGAGGGGAGAGGUGAAGGGGAAAGUGCCUCGAAGAACCACCGGGAAUUUCUCUGCUGUCUGCUCCAGCCUCUGUCCAAGCAGGAUGCCGCGGACAACGGUGGCGUGGUCUCCGAAAUGGGAAGCUACAUCGGCAUGCGACGUCUCCUUCUCUGUCGCAAGGCCGAGGUCUUUCCGGCUGCUAUAGAGCGCAGGAAGGUAAAUGCCUGAAAGAAAGUGUAAGAGGCGGAGCAAGGAUCGAGGAACGGAGAUGUUGUCCGAUUCAUCUACUCAUGUUUCACUUGCAUCUCUUUUCCUGAUUUGCUGUUGGAAACGUGGUUUCACAGGAAUGGAAAUGCAAUGGCAGAGGUUAUACGGCUUAUCGGAAUUUUAUCCGCCGGCCAAGGAACCAGGAGAGCCAGUCGAGCACUCCCGGGCACAGGUCGGUGCUCAAAUUCCCCUGCGUGGAACUUUCUCCUUUUUCUGGCUGCUUACCCCUUGGGAUGUGGGUUUUAUGCUCUUUUGUGUCUUCUAUCCAAAGUGUCCAGAUCUAAUCGUCAAGUUACGAGGACUGGAUUCCUCUUCAAUCCUUGCCCUCCCCUUCUCCUCCUCCCUUUGCCUGAUCAAGCUGGUAUAGAACCCUGUCCCAGAGCAAUCUAGACGAAUGCUGAAACAUAGGGAGUGGUAACAGAAAUUGACCAUCAUCUGCUUUUGUCGAGGCCAAGCCUAAGAGAUUAAGAUGAAGAAUCACCAAAGGUGGAGGCAGUUGAUCUUAAUCAGCCAGUUGGUAGAAGAUGAUCCCAAUCUAAUUGGACCGUACUGAUGAACCCUGACGCAUGAUACGAGAGAAACGGCACAACUCUCAUAGGGGCUAAUGCGAAAAGAUGGGAAGGGUAUUCAAUCUCUUGUAGGAAAGUGUAUCUCCAAUCUUUGAAGGAAAUUUCGCUCCUCGGAAGCGUCAACCUGUCCUGAGGGGAUGCAGUUUUGGGACCUAGAAUUACAGAAGACAUAAAACUUAGAGAAGUUAAUUGUGUAUCCCUGAACAUGAAGGAUGACUGCAUAGUUCCGAGCACAAAUGAUUGGUUUUUCCAUCUUUGAUUCUGCAUCUAUAGAAAUGCCUUCGGGAGGAGGAUAAUUGAUUCAUUUUUGGGAGGCCCGGAAUGGAGAAUGGAUCUCCUCAGAUAAAAGCUUUAAAUUUGAGUCAUAUAUUCCAAUUUUCGAUAGUGGUGGAUAUUUCACAUAUUAGGGUCGGAAAAAUUUAAUUUAUUUUAUUUUAUAGUCUGUUGACUCCAUUGCAGGAUAAGGAGGUAAAAAGGGGAUGCCAGUCAAGCAGCGCAAGUUAGUCUUUUUACAGAAUUUACUAAGCCGUGAACAUAAAAUCAGAUCAGUCACAGAUCACAUCAGAACCCAAUCUGAUAAUUUGAUAAAGAGGAUGGUGAUUAUUUCUGAUCCGAACAUCUAAUGGUUGAAAGUAUAAACGAUCACUGAAUUACGAACAAAAGAUUUUAAGCUAUGGUAAUCAAUUACCCCUCCAAUACCACGCCCUGCUGCACUUGAGUUUAACCUCGUUUAUCCACACUCAUGAAGGGAUCUUUCUGUUCAGCGGCUUUAUACACACUUAUCUAGUCUCCUUACUAUUUUUUACUGAAAAAGUCCUGUCGAAGUGGCGUGCCCACAGUUGUAAAAAAAUCAUAAGUGAAAGGUACACAAUUAAAUUAAAAAUGGGAAAAGUAAGAGCAGAAAAAAUACUCCAAUAAGAUAGAAAGAUCAGAAGAGAUCUACUCCGUUUAGAUAGGCUUUGGUAAAUGUGAAGAGCAAUAAACUAGAACAAAACAUCUUUCUCAUAAACUAGAGCAAUAAUGCACGAAUCAUAUUUUUUUUGGAGAAUUGUUGUUCAUUUCCCAUUUCCAUUGGUCUUAGACAGUUUGAUUCGUGCAUUAUAGCCAUGUCAAUUGUAUCUCGUAUAUUUUUCUCCCUUCUUACGAUCCUUAAGAUAGCUGGUUUGUGUACGUGCCAUUGAUCAAGAUUAUCAGACAUUAGAAAAACUAUUUUUUUUGCAAACGAAGAAUCUUUUAACACUUAUUAAUAAUUGCCCAUCUCAAAAAGAGAUGAUUGAUGAUGUCCUUUUGCUAACCUCAUAAAAGUUUUUUUUGGAUAUUGGAUGGGAGGGUUUGGAUUCUGAUACACUUGACCGGUUUAUUUUUAAUAAAAAAAUGAUGUUUUUUAUGAAGCUUUAUUCUUCCAAAUCAUUUUCCUAUACCCAACUAUACAUGUUCCAUCACUUUACGUUUUUCAGAAGGAAUAAACAGUGAAUACUCAUUCAUUCCAUCUCCAAUAUCUCUUUCUCACUCUUUUACAAAUGGUUUAGUGAAGGAUUUUAACGAGUUUGGAAGUAUUCCGUGAUUUCUCUCUCUAACAAGAUUCUUUCUAGUAUGUGGUUUAUUCACCUGAACCUCAUGAGUUUGAUUACCCUUGUGUUGAGAUGCUUUGUAUCGUUGCUGAAAUCUAAAACCUGAUUGUAAUCCCAAAAUUUCAGCUUCGGUAUAAUGCCUGUCUGAAAACCUGUAGAAAUAUUUUGGAAGAUGUCGUUCAAAAUUAGAGACAACCUAGAGCUGCUCAUUAUGGAAAAUCUCUGAGCAUUCCAAUUUUCGAAGUUUCUCUGUUGAUGUCAGCCCGUAAGGAGUUGUUUUCUACAAACUUUUAGAAAGAAUUGUCUCAUUGAUAACAUCCAUUUCUUCUUUUGUUAAUCUCUAUUCUACACACUCUAUUCUAUUUGACUUGGUAACACCCUUAGUAUUGCUAUUUGUUCCCCUCAAAAGAAUUUUCUUCUUUAAAUUUCUGUAUCUUGAAGAUUGAUAUCAGAUAUUGGGUGAAAGGAGCUAGAUUAGUUUCGAAAAAGAUCCAUCUUCCUUCAACUAAGAGUGUUUUUUCCUCCAUCAAGAUCUGGACUCAAACAUCAUAAUCAAUUCUGUCCACACCUAUAUUCAUGCAAUUUAGCUCUCAUUGCAAUAAAUCAACAUGGUUGAAAAUUUAUCGAACUCCAGUUACAAUAAUCUCUGGUGGUGAAAAUUUAUUUACAAUCCUACAAACACUUCUGGCAAAAUCAGAAGCCAUUUUUAUGGUUGAAUUUUCUCCUCUUUAAAUUCUUGCCAUUAAUUCUCCAAUUGCAGCUUGCCCCAUAUUGAAGUCAAGUUUUGUCCCACAAGAAUUCUCUGACAAUCCUUUAACAGACCCACGUAUCUGGGACAUGUUGCCUGUUCUGCUACUUUUUUUCGGUAUCAGUGAGAAAACAUGCGCUGAAAUUUUUAUUAACUAGGCUCUCUUCUGAAAUUCUUCUAAAACCUCCAUAAGGUCGUUCUCCAAUCUCUGAAAAUGUUGAUGAAGACACAUAUAAAAUUGAAAUGCCCGUUUGGGUUUGAAUUUAAAUACCCUUUUUUAUCUUCUUUCAUAGAAAAUCUUUGAGUUAUCUUUUAUCAUGACUUCAUUGAAUUUUAAGUAAGAUAUUUUCGUCUAGUCUAGUCCUCCAUAGUUCGUCCUUAAACAUGUUUUGGUGGACAAGUUUCUUUUACUUUGGUGAUCCAUCUACCAUCUGUUCUUUAUUUCUGAUGUAAUAAGUCAUAAGUCUCGUUUUCCAUGUGAUUAUUCACAACAUGAAAAUAUGUUGUGUUUUUUGAUCUCCUUUUUUCAGUCAUUUUACUUUGUCUGUCUCAAUUCAUUUCUUCCUGAAAUAUCCAUUUAUUGUAUCCUUUAUUACAGAGUUGCAUAGCAUCUGUCUUCAGGUGCUUCCAAGACAUUUUCAAUGUUUUUACUGACGAAUUCUAUGUUUUUCAUGGUUUCUCGUCUGAUUUUAGUACCGCUAUCUGCUCAUUGUUCUGCUCCCUCAUUUGUCCUCUUAACCAUCUCUAUUUUGAUGACGAAGAAGCCUGCUAGUUCAAAUGGAAAUAGUUUCUGUUAAAUCGUUUGAUCCAGCCCUAGGGUGACGGCACCUCUGCCAUUAGGAGAACAGAAAAAGGUUUCCAGGAAAGGGUUACUUUUCGUUCCUAGUGUUACGGUAUUUAAGUAGAAAGGUUCAUGAUCCCGACAUGACCCAAUGGAUCCAUAUCGGAUCUCACCAGGGCAUCAUAACAAAAACAAAGGGAAGUAAAAACAAAACUCAAGUAAGAAAAGGUCUGAUGAAUGUUAGCAGUUUCCUCUCAUUAUUGUUUGUUUCUUCCUCCUAUUUAGGAUUUCUUUCUCUUUCAGGGUUUCAAUCCAUAACCAUGUUUAAUUUACACGAGUUACGAAACAAGAAAUAGUCUGUAGAUGAGUCAUCAUGGGGGCUAAAUACAGAGGUGAAAAGCCAUGGGAUGCCAUUGUUUACUGACUCGAAUAAUUCAAUCAAGGCUCCUUUUAAAGAUUCUUUCUUUUAUAAAAGAAUGCAAUUCCAUAUUAUUAGUUUUCCACCUUUCUUCUGUCUGUUGCAAAAUUUCAUGAGCACUGUCACUACUUCUAGCUUCUUAUUAGAGAGUUUAAAAUUGCUUCAGGUUUUGUAUCUUGAAUGCAUUGGGAUAAAACUUGGUCAAUUUUUGCUCUUUCUUGAAGAUCAUCCUUCUGCCAGCUGAUCAUAUAUUGAUUUUGAGGACCAUUCAUUAAAGUUGGUAACCUGGGAUAUACUGUAACAAAGAUGUUGAUACUCCUAAAUUCGACUCUACUCUACCCUAAGAAAACCGAAUGCAUAUUAUGCUUCUAAAUCUAAACUAGUGCGUGAUGUUGUGGUUGGUUAAGCUUGCUGUUGACAUUUAUAGAUAUUUUAAUUGUCUACAUUCUGAAGACUCGGCUAAUAUUAAUCUAAACUAGGGCUUUAGCAUAUUUUUUUGUUUCCUUUUGGUGGGAAGGGGCAGUUUUAAAGCUCCUGUUUCUGACGACCUUGGGAGUCUCGUCCAGCCUCAGGUAGGAUGUGAACCAGUGCAACCUUUUAUGACUGAAGCAUAGAACAGGAAGAGCAUUGAGUUAGAUCGACUUGAAAAAUGUCUUUGUUUCUUAUAGUGAAUAUCUUGGGACAAGUAUUAAAAUGAUGGUAAAAUAGGAGUCACUAGUGAAGGAUGGUUCAUUAAAAGUAUGAGCCUUGUAUGAAAUGUGUGGUGACACUUUGAUUACACUAGUCAUUCUUACAUCUUGUAAGGUUUCUUUGGUAUUUGAUAUCAUGCGUCAUUGCCAUCUAUCAGUGGGCAAAAUGAACUCGCUUCUGUUAUGAAAAUUUUGGACGCAGAACUAGAUAUGUAACUAUGGUGAACAAACAGAAGAAUUGCUACUGUACAUCUGCCGAGCAGUUGGUUUAUGUUUUUUUUCUAACUGAAAAUACCUUAAUAAUGGGAAGUUCAUGUUGACUGGAUCUGACGAAAAUUCUGUUUCUGUUUAAAUCUUAAACAAUGCUCAUAAAUUCCUCACAUAUGCCUGGCUUUCUUCAGUGGGCGUUGGGCUUCAUCAACUGGUUCGCAGUCCGUUCUCUUUGACGUUGAGACUCUGAACUCAAGCAGGGUACGAAUGACAUAAUCAAUUUUUUUUCUUUCAGAUUCAUAUUAUAUCAGAGUUUGCAUCCAUUAUACGAUUAUACACCAGGAUAAAAAUUCCUUAUAGAAAUCAUCAAGAUUUCUACUUUUUUAAUCAACAUAGAUAUUUAUGCUUGAAUUAUGACACAAACAGUUUGCACACCUUGAUGGACGAUUCUUUGACAGGAUUUCCGAGGCGUCAAUUUUGACCUAGGUCAUGGUACAAGUCUUAGCUCCAGUAUGACGGAUUUUAGUCCCCCAAUUCCUGCUGCUGAGCCUGGAUACUCAUUUGUUGGGGUACACUGUAUUUUUGAUAGCUGCAAAGCUUCAGGUUCUGUCUUAGCUUCUUGACUAAAUUUUUUUCACAAUUUUCUUUUUCUAAACAUUUUUUUCAUUGACAUUGAGAAUUUUAUACGGUGCAUAUUGCUCAUACAGUUACAAUUAUAAGGUUUGGUCACAUGAGCUCUGAUCUGCUUGCGUGUGGUGCAUCUGAUGGAAGCCUGACAGUUUUCCAUGUCUCUGAAACACCUUCAAUACUCGUACAACUGAAAGGGCAUUCAAAAGAUAUUACAGGUUUGAUCAUCUCUUUACUUUUUUGGGGCUAUUAUUGGAAAGACUACUGGUUAUCCUAUUCAUUAAUUGUCAUUUCCCUGUUCUUGUUUAGACAUUGCCUUUUCAGCAAAGUCAACCAAUGGUAAUCGGACACAUAAAACUCUUAUUCUAAAAAAUUAGACAAGGUGUAGUUUAUGCGUUACAUAGGGCCAAAUAUAUCUCAUAAGCAGAUGAAACCUAAUGCGAAAUACUUUGGAUCAUAGAUAAGUCAUUACAUAUUCCCAAAUGUCUGUACAUGUGCGUCUAUUAAAGCUCCUGACAAGCUCAUGAAUCUGGUCUGAAGUCUCAAAAAAACUCUGCCAUAAACCUACUAUUGCUUCUCUAAUCUUUUCAGGAAAAUGGUUUGUUUCUUGACAUUGUAGAGAUUAUCCUAUCCUGUCAUUCAAGCAUAGUACAUCAUGUUGUACAAGAAGGAAGCAUGAUGAUUGUAUUCAUGAUAUGCCAAAUGCUGUAUUCUAUGAUCAUGUAGGCAAAAAAAAUAAAAGAAACACAGUCAGAGAGGAGGAUAGAGAGAUCUUCAGCUUAUUUCCUUCACAUCCUGUUUUACUUAGCUCUGUCUAAAAAAUUUUCCCACGUAGAAUUUUCCAUUUUGGUUUGAGUCGUGUUCUAAUGUCAGCUUUUCUAGCCAUGUUUCUGAAGGUUCCUACUUGUUUUAUGAAUGCUAACUAAAUUACAGAUUUUGAUUUUUCAUCAAAUAAUCAGUAUCUUGCUUCAUCCUCAAUGGAUAAAACCGUGCGCGUGUGGGACAUAUCCAAGGGAAUUUGCAUUCGAGUGAUAUAUGGAAUGUCUUCUCAGCUAUGCAUUCGUUUCCACCCGGUAGGUUGCGGUUUUUCCUCCACUAAAGUUCUUGCUGAAAAUAUUUCUAACAAGUUUCUUCCUUAACUCCCUGCUAAGUACAAAAGGGAAACCAAAUGGAUGCUUUUAUUAUGGUUCAUCAUUAAUAAAGAAAGCAUUAAAAACAAAGCUAUUCAAAUUAUAAAUUUUUGCGUACUCAUCCCACAAAUCAAAUUACAGAAAAACUCUGGCAUGUGAAUUUAUUCUCUCCUUAUCUUUUAGGGUGAAGGUAGUGUGUCGGUAUAAUGUAUGAGGAUGGUUUUCCUCUCUAUGAGGUUUUAGGGACUGUCCUGCUAAUUCAGAAAAUGUGUAAUUUAUAUCAUGUGAAAGGAUAUGAACCACAGAUUUAGUCAUCAGGGUGUUUACAUUCGUGAUUCUGUCUGCCAGUCUUGUUCCCAUGCAUUGCAUAUCUUACAAAAAAAGUGGAAAUAUCAUGGAAAGACCAGAAUAUUCUUUCCUUGCAAACCAAUUGGCGUCGAUGUAAUCUGUAGAGGGGGUUUUAUCUCAGUCUCUACAAAGACCAUGUCAUUUCUAAUUUGGAAAUAUCUACAAAUCGGUUGCUCCAUGACCAAAUAUUUUGGUGUUUCCAUUGCUGUCCAAACUGAUACGUUAUUGUUUAGAUCCGUAAUGAGAAUUUAAUAAAGGUAAAGGAAUCAGAUGGGGCAGAAUAACUGAUGCAAGGGAUUGAUGUCCAUAAUCCAGAUGUCACUAGCCAGAGGCAACAUUUAAUGGGGCUGGUCUUGUCAUCAAGGCAGGCUGUCAAUUUUAAGAAAUACCUGUCUCAGGUGAUUUGGGUACAUUUCAGACUAAUUUUAAUGAUAGCUGAAAUACUGGGGUGGGUUCGUUCUAAUUAAGAAAUCCGUAGAUCUUUGCUAUUCCCCUUUCCCAAAAAAAAAACGGAUGUAAACCUCAUUUCAUUUCAUUGAAAUAAAUGGAUUAAAAAAUUACCAGUCUACACCUCUUUUUACUUAAGGCCAAUAAUUGUAUUCUUCCAUGACAUGGUGGAAGCCUAGAAGUCCAUCAAAUCAUUAAAUCAUAGGGAACAAGUUAAUAUGGGGUGAAAACGUCUGCUUUUAUAGUUCCCCAUUUAAAUAAUAAGUAUUAGUUCUAAAUCUCUUUAAAAAAUUACAUUGAUGAUGAAAUCUGACAGUGUUAUCAGCCAUCCUGCAUACUAUCCAUACACUUGCAAAAUAAUUAGAAGCUAAUUUUCAUAUAAAUCAAAGGGGCAUGAAACAGUCCUUUUAGUCCCUGUACGUACCAAUAAUUUAUUUUUCUUGCAUCGUUGGCUUGUAGGUGCUUCCACCAUGCACGUGCCCACUUUAACUUCUAGGCAAUAACCUCUUAAAUAUUCAUAUGCUUUAGAUGUCUUUCUUUCCCUAUCAAUCAGUUGAAAAGUUCUUUAAUAUAAUGAUGACCGUAAAAAUUGAGUAAACCGAUCUUCAUUUGAAUGCCGUUUAGAUCCUCAUCUUCAAAAUAUUUCUGUUGUUUCCUGAUAAAAAGAACAAAUGAUUAUUGGUACUUGUAAAAUUUUCCUCAAAAGUUGGCUCCUUAUGUGGUGGAUGUGGGUUCCCAUAAAUAGGGCAUUUACAACUGUCAUCAAUAACAGUUAUUUGUUACAACAACUAUUCUUUGACUUUCAUGGUUUUGAAAUUGCAGAAAGUGGAUUUCUGAGAGAUUCACUCUCUUACAAACUAUAUCAUUGGUAGAACUUGUUCUAUCUAACGUGUGAAUCAUUUUCAUGAGAGUAAGUAUCGGAUUUGAAACCUUGCUCUCAAGGAAGGAACGUUAGGAACCUUGAAUUCAUAGGAAAAAAUGAAACUAAGUUGGUAUGGUGUGAACUCAUGCCCUUUGACAAAUCAUCAUCAUUUAAAGGAUAAACUUUGUUCUGGAUCUCCUAUGAGGAAUAAGUUGUUGACAAAAAUUGCUAAAAUAAAGGUUAUCUCAAUAAAUAGGAAAAUGAUAUCUAAAGCUACGAAAAGUAAAGAUCUCCUGUGCCGUGGUAUGUUUUUAGCCUUCUACUUCUUUUGUUCCUUCUAGUGUUAUUCUACGCAACCCAUGAAUUAAGAGUUCGUAAAUAAGAGGAUAGAUGCUUCGAAGUGUUUCUAUAUGUUGCAUAUGCAGAGCGAGUUAAUACAAUAUUCUUGCUCCAAGUAUUACUUUGUGUAAUAUUCAGUACUUCUUGUAAAUACUUUCCGUUAUAAUUUUUCAUAUUAAAAUUUGUUGCUAGGUUUACAAGUAGACUAGGAUUUGCAUAUGCCUCCAUAAAUAUUUGAUAUAUCUUACAUUCUGAGAGAAUCUAAGGAGAAAUUUACAUUAUCAGAUUUUCCUUGAAGUGUUGCCAUACUUUCAGUAUGUAAUAUAUAUAUAUAUAUAAAUAAACUUAAGUUGCGUGUGUUUCCAGGUUUAUGCUUUCUGUCUGAUGUUAUAGUAAAGGUUUUACAUGAAGAAAAUUAUUUAUUGAUUUUUUGUGAAUUUGUGCAUUGUGCAGGUGAACAAUAAUUUUCUUUCUGUUGGCAAUGGAAAAAGAGAAAUAAAUGUAACUCUUUUUUUCUCUGCUUAACUUUGUUUUGAAGUAUUCUCAUUCUUCUUUGCGCACAUAUUGAUGAAAUUGAGAUUCUAAUUUUUUUCAGUUAUAUAUGUUCAUGGAAUUUUUAGUGACCCUUAUACAUAGAUUGACAUAGAAAAUACAAACCAGGGUAUUGAUGUUAACUUCUGGUGGGUUUCUGCUGAGUAUUACACAUACAGAUAUUCCAAAGCUGUAAUAAGAAACUUAACAUCUUAAAAAAAUUGUAGGAUUUCUAUGGGGCGUAUAUCAGAUAUAUCACGAAAUAAUAGUUCUUUGUUGGCCUCAUUGGUUUGGCUUCAACUGCAGGUUAUCAAUUUUAGCACAGGAAGGAUCAUUAAUAAAGCUUCAUUUGAGAAUGAAGUUACUGCAAUGGAUAAUGAUCAUACUGGUCAAUUACUCUUUGCUGGGGAUUCACAGGUUUAUUGUUGUGAAUUAAGUUAUUUUUUCUCUUUGAUCACUUAAACCUAUUGUUCUGAUUGUGUGCACUCUCCGGCAAGCUUGCAGGGAUAUGUCUCCUCUGUCAACAUAUCUUCACAUACUGGCUCACUGUCUAGGUCUCAUCGUCAUCGAAGCAGCAAGAAAAAAUCUCCAAUAACAACUGUCCAGUACCGUACCUUCUCUCUUCUGGCGCAUGGUCCUGUGCUGCUUGUUUGUUCUCAAGAUGGAAAUCUUUCUUUCUUAAGGUAAACAUGCAUUCCUGUUUAUUGAAUAUAUGUGUUAGGUGUUUCUUCAUUUUUAAUUGAUUUGGGACUCUCUUUUACUCAAGAUGUUGUUGCAUUCAGUGUGGCUCCAGAAAUACGAGGCUAUUUGACUUUACGUUGCUCACUCAAAUUAGCUCCUCGAGUGCACAGUGUUCGUGCGUCUUUCUGUCCACUACUUUCACUUGAAAAGGGAGAGUUCAUAGGUAAAACUUCUUUUGUCUUGGUGAUCUUUUUAUGCACGAAAAUAAAUGAUGCUUCUCAGAAUGAGAAGAUAAGCCUAUUGGUAGACAAUGUGUGUACCUUAUUUCAAUGUUGAUUAGGUGACUCAAUAGACAUUGUUCGUGCGUUUUCAAAGCCUUUAGUUGGAAAAUGAAUAUUAUUUGCGUGAUUUGACGUUUGGUAAUCGUGUUGUUGUUUGUUUGUUGUCAUUAUGACUACUAGUGUGGCUGUGUUACAGACUCUCAUUUUUCUGCCCAAAAUCUACUGAUCAUUGUGAAAGGAUAUUUAUUUCGGAUGUUGCUAUGUAUCUUUCCUGACAUCGCUGCCCAUUCCUUAACUCUGUCUGUUGUGGAAAUAUUGUGGGGAUCGUGUAUACUUGCUCCCAGUCCAUCACUUCCUAUUCCCUCUCAUCCGACGAGAUCACCACUGCUUUUUUCAGACAAGAUCACCCAGGGAACCUUUUGCUUGAUAUUGGAAAAAUCAAUUUCUUCUUCCCUUUACCCAACUUUAUCACUUGCCUGGAAUGUAGACGAUGUAGUGACCUGCCCCUAUCACUUUCAUUUCACUCUGUGGACUGCAUCAGGGCCAAAAGCAAUAGUAGCGCAUUAGCCACAGCAGUUUUAGCGAACGUCAGUAGUGGAAGCAACUGUGCUACACGGAAGACUGUCUCCCCGAUCGAGGCACCAACAGCAUCAUCAUCAGGAAUAACAAUGGCUUAUAUAUGCAUUGCUUUAUAAAUUUCGCGAGAAAUAAAGCUAACUUGUUAUAGGGUUACAGUUCUGAUUCAAUAAUUUCUGAAAUGAGACAACCUGCGCGGGUUAAGUGAAAUUAUUAAGAGGUUCCUAAUGAUUCAUGUUACGUUUAUUAUUAGCCGUUGGAUUCCAGUUCUGCUUCCGUAGUAGCGGAAAAGCAGAUUAUCUCUGCCGCUUAAAUGACUGUAAUAGCAGAUUCCGUCUGUAAGAUUCUGUUAUGUUGAUUGUUACAUUCUUUGCUUUUGUCAUUUGUUUCACGUAUUGAAGCAUGGGAAUGCGAAAUGCCUUUAACCUUUUGUAACAUGGGAGCGUCGACCAUUUCCUUCCAGAAAGAUGUCAAAACCGAUUUGUUCUUUUUGGUUUUUAACUAAGGAUAAACACACAUUUCGGAUUCUUGGAAUUCUUCGACUGCCAGCUAUGGUUAUGAAUACAUCAAUGUCCAUAAGUUAUUUCUGAUUACAUUGAAAGGCUUAUCCAGCACCUUUUAAUAUUCUCACAAGCAUCUGAAGCAUGUAUACAUCGUUUAGGUUAUCCUCAGUUAUUCAUCUCACUGCUGAGACAGAUAUCCCUAUUUGAAACAGAGUGUAGAUUAGGUGUUCGAUUAUAACGUCUCAAUGGAAGCCAUUUGAUUCAAAUUUUCUUGGUGAGAAAGCAAUAGUUUCAAGCGAGUUAUUUUGUUAGAAUGGCUAUAGGUUUUUGUCAUUAUGAACGUAUUUGUUUUCUAAUAUCGAAACUGGUUAUGUUUUAAAAUUUUAUCUCUGUAGUUCAGUGGUUAGAACCUAAACCACAGUGAUGGAAUGCCUUUGAUUCCAACAAACUUGGUCCUUCUAGUCUAAUCUAUUCACAGAAAUAGCGGUUUUCCACAGAAAUAUCUGUGCUAACCAUGUUUGCAGGGAAAUAUCGUUUUUCCUGUACAUUCCUACGGUCUGCUACGAUCUAUCACACAUUUAGCAUUCAGGCAUUCAGUCAACGCUGUCUUUUUUUUUUGGGGGGGGGAGGGGGGGGUUGUUGGGGGUGUACGGUAUUGUGUCAUGACUUGCUCUUAGUUGUGUUGGUCAAGCAUCUCUAUCGAUAACUUAUUCAGCAUUUUACCGUAUAAGAUCGUCCCGUCAGAGUAAAAGUUUUUUAAACUGAGUUUUUGCCCUAGAUAUUGUUCGUAUUCUUAGUGAGAAUUAAUCAAUAGUUCUUUUGUUGAAUGUAAGUUUGUGGCAGUGAGGAUUCAAGUGUGUACUUCUAUGAUUUGACUCGCCCAACGCAUACAUAUGUGAAUAAGUUGCAGGUUUGUGUUCCAAAUAUUUUAAUUUGAGAGAAUCGUCUGUUUUGCAUAAGAUUAUUUAUUAUCGUUCUUCUCUUGAAUGCCAGGGGCAUGUUUCUCCAGUCAUUGGGAUUGCUUGGAAUCAUGGAGAGAACUUCUUGGCCUCAUCGGAUUCUGAUGGGUCAGUGAUCGUUUGGAAGAGAGCAAAAGUUAUCUGA